AUGUCGCUGGACAAGGUACGAGCAGUCGUGGAACAUCUCGCCGCCAUCAACCCGUACGCAAACGCGAAGGAUCUGCCCGAGGUUCCUCGCCCCGAGGAAUUUUCUAUUCCGCGCCAGCUGCCGUCACUGCAGCAGCUACCUUACGUGCAGAAUGUUCUCAAUACGCUCUCCUACAAUUUUCUUCCACGGACUUUUUUCUGCUUGGAGAAGCACCGCUCACUGGACAGUAUAAUGAUUACCUCCAAAGAGAUACUCUCAGAGGCGCUUCCAAUCCGUUGUCUGGAGGCCACCUUUGUGGGUCUCUACCUCACACAUGGUAUGAAGGGCGUGGACCGCAUCCCGCUUUCCUUCAAGUCUCGCGCAAAAAGGAGAACGUACCAUCACAUUGUCCUUGUCAUUCGAUGCGACGGCCUGUACGGGGCGCUGGGCCUUAGUCGAAAAUUGACUCUCAUGGACAAGCCAGUGGUGUUCAGUAGCUUGUUUGAUCUCAUUAUGGAAUACAAGUUUCAGUACGAGGCCAUUGGACACCAGCUUGUAGAUUUCAAAUUGGGCCUUUGUGUGAGCCAUGAGAUGCACUCGCGAAAGGCGCCGUGCUGGCGCUACAUUGCGGUAAGUUUCACGAAUUCGAGUGUACUGGAAUCUUUGGCGUCGCAGCGCGUGAGUGACGAGGCACCAGCAGACGAGGGAGGGCGAAAGAUACCGGAGGUGGGCGGCGUCGGCGAGCUGCAUCUGUUGGCGGAGGUCGCACAGCUGUUAGCGCACUACGCGGGGCUAGUGAGAUCCAUCUCGGCCCAUUACGAAAGACGCGCCGUUCCUUUUAUCCACGGAUCCAUGCUGGACUCGUCCCCCAUCAGCCUGAGGGACCUCCACGAAAUGGAGGAGGCGGUGGCGCAUCAGGAGAAUUUGCGACGCUUAGAAGCCGUGCACGACGGGCGCUUGCCGUGUCCUUCUGUUGAAUUGGAUACAAAAAAGCGCGCCGCCUCCCGCUCCGUCUCAAAGAAGCGCUAUGGACCCAACUGGACAGCCUUCUCGAACACUGCGCGACCAGCCGCCGCAAAAAGCUCCACUGUGCGGAAUAAGGGGACUGCGAUAAAGAGCAUCCCUGUUGGACGCCUGCGACAAGAGCAACAGUCAUUGCCGCAGCGAAUGCAGAAGGAGGAGCUGCAGCAGCUGCCACUAGUCAUGGAGCACACUCCGUCACUUCUUUUCUCAGACACUGCAAGUGGGAAGCUGAAUAGUAGUGGGAGUAGUACACAGCAGGGUGAAGGCAAUAGUUUUACCUUCUCUGGAGGAAGUGGGCUCCCCCUUAUUGAAGCUAGAGACAGCGAAUUUGUUUCGUUGGCUGAUUCACAUGGCGGCGGUUGGGAGGCGUUAUUCGUUCCACGCCAUGAGUUAAAGGAUGUGGGUUUUUUCAACUUGCCGUAG